CGUUCGUGGUGGCCGACCUGCAGCCGUUCACCGCCUACAGCUUCAGGGUGACGGCCGUCAACGGCAUCGGCGCCUCGCCAGACGGCAUCGCCUCCUACCCCAUCAUCACGCUGAGAGAAGCCCCAGCCGGGAAGCCGGCGAUCCUGGCGGCGCAUAAUACAAGCUCCACUUCGGUCCGGGUCCGCUGGAGGCCGCUGUCCAAGGAGGAGCUGCGUGGAGAGUUUCAGUUCUACAGGAUCACUUACCGGGAGCGGAGCAACGUCAGCAGCCGGAUUCGAGAGCUUCGGAUCAAGGAUGAACGUGUUCAGAGCCACACCAUCUCCGGGCUCCGUCCGUACACGCAGUACAUCAUCUCGAUACAAGUGGAGAACCCGGCUGGCCUGGGUCCCAGCUCCACGGUCGUGGUCACCACGGACGAAGGAGUUCCCGAAGCGCCACGGCAAGUGUCUGUCGUGAACGUGGACAGAUACCACGGUCACCAUCUCGUGGCUGGCUCCGAAUCGCCCCCAACGGCCUGA